CAUGACAGAGUGGCUGGAGGCCCAGAGGAGCAUCGUAGAGGCUCAGAUCAAAGAGAUAGAUGCAUUCAGAGGCUCCAGCAAAUCACUUCUCCAGGAAACCAAUGAUUUGCGGUUUCUGCAGCAAAUCACAUCACAGAAUCUUUGUGAUCCCUUGGAAUUUGCUCCAAUCCGAGAAGUAAACAGAGACCUCUGUGACCCUGAGAAGCUGAGAACAGUAGAGAGGCUGGUGGAUGAACUCUCGGUCGCUCUGUCCCAACAUUUUCCACGAAUGUGGUCAUACUUAAGUUCUCCUCUUCUAGACUUCAAAACAGCUCAUCCAAAGCUGGAGUUAUCCCAAGACAGAAAACAAGUGUACUGGAGACGCCAACCUUUCGGUGAAGGACAGAGCCCUCAGCCAUAUGACUCACAUUAUAGCGUACUUGCUCAGGAGAGUUUUACAGGUGGCCAGCAUUACUGGGAAGUCAUUGUCCAAGACAAGCCCUUCUGGAUGAUAGGUGUGACCACGGGGUCAGUCGAUAAAAAAGCCAGUUUAAGCCAGAGUUCUUCCAGUCUGGGUGUAAAUAACACAUCUUGGUGCAUCUACCAUGGAGACGGACAGUACCUGGCGUGCCAUGAUACUCAGGAAAAGCAGCUGUCAGUUGGAAAGAGAGUCAGAAAGCUAGGCAUACUGGCAAACCUCCAGAAGGGGGAGCUGUCAUUCUAUGAUGCCGAUGCUAUGAGGCUGCUUCACUCCUUCUGUGUGCAGUGCACAGAACCUCUCUAUCCCAUUUUUAACCCAUGCAUUGAUAUGAACGGAGUCAACACACAACCUCUUACCUUGUUUUGGAUAAAGGACCCCUGGGAUUGGCAUACACGUGAGGAGAAAAGGGAACUCACAGGAACCAUUUAACUGCCUCUGUGGGAUGCAGAGUCACUGAUCAAAUAAUUAUUUUAAGUGUAAUUUUCCAUUUGUGCUCACAUAAAAUUACAUUGUGGAAAUGUCCAAUGUGCCGUACAAAUCUAGGCUGUCAAAAAUAUUGACUACCACCAAGUUUCCGUGAUUGGCUUUGACUCUGGUAAAGCUACACUGGCAUUCAACGAAUAUACCUACCUCUAACUUCUUGCUAAAAUUAGGUUAUAUGAUAAUAUAUGAGAAGACACAUCUGCAGACAUAUCCGUACCGUGACUUUAUAAUGUCAAGACUAAAGUUAUGUAAUCAUUGCAGCACUGCCGUUUCUGC